AUGACCUACAUCUCCGGCGGUAGGGUCGUCGAGCAGCGCUCAUGGCUGCGCUUGUCCAUCUUCCCCGACAUGUUCUGGGGUCUCCUCAGCAUCAUACAGCUCUUCUUCUCGACCUUCUUCGGCGGGGUGCCUGACGGCAAGUACUCGUCCAGUCGCCGCGGUGGAGGUGGUGGCGGCGGUCCCGGCGGUCCACGACGCCCGAUCGGUCGCCUUCAACCCAGCACGUGCAUGCCGGCUGGCGGCGGCUGA